AGAGACCCGAGCGCAGGUGCUUAUCUCGAGGCUGUCAAAGGCACAGUAUGUCAUAUUCCCGGGGACUACCUUUCAAAGCCACAGCACCGGCGCCAAGCAGCACCAUCGCCAUCAUCGCCAGCAGCACCGGCACACUGGGAGAAAAUCGAACUUUUGGGAUCGCAGCUCUAGGGAAUGAAGCACAUGAUCAGCUCCUGAGAGACACGGCAAGCGUCAAUAAGGCCGGGCACUGCGAAGUUGGCAUCUUUCCCAACGCAGCGCCCUCCAAACAGCAAUCGAAGAUGGAUUCUGAAGGUGAGGAGCAGACCGUAAAACCGUGCGGCACAGAUCUGACCAAUGAAGACUUUAUUGUCGAGACGAACAGCCCGUACGGCUCGUCGGUUCGUAAACGGAGCGCUCAGGAAGGGGUGGCGGGCGCCCCCAUCAACAAGAGGAAGUCCCUGCUGAUGAAGCCGCGCCACUACAGCCCCAGCGAGGCCUGCGACGAUGACAGCGAGGACCCGGCCCCGCGGCGGGACAAAGACGCGGCGAGGAGCUCCGACACUCCAGCAGAUGGAAACUUGAGUCCAAUAAAUGGCACGCCGGACAGAAACGGACGCUCCAACGAUUCUCUGGGGUGGUCCGAGGUGACGCCCGAAGGCUCGCCGCGGUGCGAGGUCAGCACGCCGGAAAUGUACGAAGAUGAGGAAGAAGCAGAGGAAGAUCAAAGUGAGGACAGGCUAAGCGGCGCGUCGUCCCCGCAGAGCCCGAGGGAGCUCCGCUGGGCUUUCUCCGCGAAAAUGAACGGCUCGAGCCCCUCCAGAACCUGCGAAGAGUCUUCACCUGUGAAGGAAGAACCUCAACUGGAGCUGAGCAGAAGAGGAGGCGUUUUCCAGAGAUACAGGCCGGAGGAGGAGGAGGAGGAAGAGGGGGGCAGCGAGACGGAGGCGGAGAGGUCUCCCCGGCUGGAUGGCUGGCCGCUGGACCGCCUCUGCCAGAGAGGCCUCGAAGUGGGCCGCGGCAGAGUCAAUCUGAGCCUGCUGGAGCAGGCCAUCGCGCUGCAGACGGAGCAGAGGCAGGUCUUGCAUCACGCCUACCGCGAGAUGGACCGCUUCCUCAUGGAGCAGAUGACCAAUGAGAGGAGGCACCAGCGCAUGAUGGACGUAGACAACAGGCUCAGCUACGCCGCGGGCAAAGACUCUCUGCGGACGGACAAGAGGGACAUCAAGUGUCCCACGCCGGGCUGCGAUGGCACGGGUCACGUGACCGGACUGUACCCUCAUCACAGGAGUUUGUCCGGGUGUCCUCAUAAAGUGCGAGUUCCUCCAGAGAUCUUGGCCAUGCACGAGAACGUCCUCAAGUGUCCAACUCCCGGGUGCACAGGAAGAGGGCACGUCAACAGCAACCGGAGCACCCACCGGAGUCUGUCGGGCUGCCCCAUUGCCGCCGCGGUGAAAAUCUCCAAACCUCAGGACGAGAGCCUGAAAAGCAGACAAACGCCCGAUCGCUCGCCGAGGGUUGUGAGCCUGGUCAAGAAUUUGGACCUGAGCCAGCUGAACUACCGGCUGGCGCACCCGAUGGCCGCCCUGCAGAGCGGCCUGGCCAAGGACGUGGACAAGUACAGCAGGAUCCGCUUCGACUACGCCAGCUUCGACGCGCAGGUCUUCGGGAAGCAGCCGCUCAACGGCGGCAGCCACGACGCCGAAGUCUCGCGCUAUCCCGACUCGCCGCAGCAGUUCCAUCCCGGCUUGCUGCUGGCGCCGGGUGGCCGCUUGCCAGCUUCCGGUCAGCACGGCUCACCGGCGAGUCACUUGAAGCACGGAGACGGCGGCGCUUUGGGGGCGACCGCCGUCCUCAACCUCUCCACUCGCUACCGGGAGAGCGGCGAGGCGGCGGCCGCGCGGCCCCUGGCAACCUCUACAAAGGUAAUCAAAUCAGACCACUUGGAAAAGAGGUGUUUAAUGUGCUCAGUCGAAAGCCACUCUGAUUUGUGUAUAAAAAGGGAAGACAUCAAAAGAGAGAUGUUGGCAAAGAGAAAGAGAGUGAGGGCUCAGGUCGCGAAAGAAAGAAAGAAAGAAAGAGACAUGCACAUAGAGGUGGAUGAAAACGGCACCUUGGACCUGAGCAUGAAGAAAAGCAAGGAGAGCGUCCACGCCAAAGCGCCUUCGGACGAGCAAGCGCACCCGGAGUCGGUCGUGGGGGCGGCGGCCAAAGGCUGCGGCGGCGUGCUGAUAAGCCCCGCCUUCUACCAUCCGCUGCGCGACAGGGACAGCUGGGAUGGCCCCGUCCCCGUCAACUUCAGCCAAGUGCAUGUUUUACACGACAAUGAGGAGGAGUUUGACCCAGUCAGCAUGGAGGAGCAGCACUACCAAGGCGAAGCGGCCACGAUGAAGGCCAAGAUGCUCCUACGAGAGUCGAAGAAAGAACUUUUGAGCUGUCCGACCCCGGGCUGUGACGGCAGCGGCCACGUGACGGGGAAUUAUGCAUCGCACCGGAGCGUUUCUGGAUGUCCUCUGGCUGACAAGACUCUCAAGUCACUGAUGGCAGCCAACUCUCAGGAACUCAAGUGCCCAACACCUGGUUGUGAUGGAUCCGGACACGUGACGGGGAACUACGCGUCGCACAGAAGCUUGUCGGGAUGUCCACGUGCCAGAAAAGGAGGUUUGAAGCUCACCCCGAGCAAGGAGGACAAAGAUGAGCAAGAGCUUAAGUGUCCGGUGUUUGGGUGCGAGGGCCAGGGCCACAUAUCGGGAAAGUACACGUCUCACCGCAGCGCCAGCAGUUGUCCGCUGGCCGCCAGAAGACAAAAGGAGGCGUCUCUCAACGGGCUGCCCUUCGCCUGGAAGAGCAACAAGCAGGAGCUGCCUCACUGCCCUCUGCCCGGCUGCAACGGCCUCGGCCACGCCAACAACGUGUUUGCCACGCACAGAAGCUUGUCAGGGUGCCCGCUUAACGCGCAAAGUAUCAAGAAGAAGCACUCCGAAGAGGAGAUGAUGACCAUCAAACUAAAGGCCAGCAGUGGCAUUGAAAAGAAAGAGGACGGUCAACACUUGGAGCACGACAUUGACGAACUGAACCAAUCCAACAUGCAAAUGGAGGCGAACAUGAAGCAGCUGCAAACCCAGCAGAUCUCGUCGAUGGAGUGCAACCUGAAGAGCAUCGAGGAGGAGAACAAGAUGAUGGAGCAGCACAACGACGGCCUCCUCGAGGAGCUGGCUCGCCUCAGUCAAGCGCUCAUCAGCAGCCUCACCGACAUCCAGCUGCCUCAAAUGGGCCCCAUCAGCGAGCACAACUUCGAAGCCUAUGUGAACACGCUGACGGACAUGUACAACAAGUCGCAGUGCGAGUACUCGCCCGAGUGCAAAGCGCUUCUGGACAACAUCAAGAAGGCCAUCAAAGGUAUCCACGUUUGAGCUUUUUCCAUUUUGUUUUCCUCCCCCGAGUGCACGUGCCAGACAUCAAUGUCCGAGGCCGCGUUGAGAGUCGGCCAUGUUAGAACUGCUUUUCACUUCGGUUUCUUUGAUCCUGCUGAGAUUUCCACUCCUCUUGCACUUGUUUUUCUUUUGAUGACGACUAUUUAUUAUUGUUAUGGUAUUAUUAUUGAUAUUCUAUUUGUCCAUCGCUGUAUUUAUUAUGAUGAUUAUUAUUAUUAUUUAAUUUAUAUGUAUUUAUUUCCCCAAAUAAAACAGUCCAAAAAAACAACAACAUUCCAAUUUUGUGCCGCACGAGUAUGACAGUUGCAGUAGCUCUCCCUUAAAAAAGUACUAGUACACCAAAAGUGAUCCUAUUUUUAUGAAGCUUUUGCUUUCUUUAUUGGAAUGUGAAUGUAUGCUAGAUGAUGUUACAAGUGAUAACAAUGCAAUGCCACUGUACUGUACCUUUCUUUUUUCUUUACUUAAAAUUCAAACAGCAAAAACACAACCAUUUUCAUUUUUAUUAAAUAUAGUUAUGAUAAAACUGCCUUCUGCGCACACACACACACACACACACACACACACGUGAGGUGUGCAUGUCGUACGUGCCUAAAUGUAUAUGGAUCCGUUUAUGACAUUAAAAAAAACAAGUACAAGUACUACGUUUUGUUUGUGCUAGGGCAGUAUUAUGUGGACGGUGUCUCAUUUAUUCACACAGUACAAUUAUUUUCAUAAUAGGAGGACAGAUGUGUUCCUGAUGACUGUUUCGAUAUCUCAGUAGCUGAUUGCAAGAUGGAGACUGACAAUUAUUUCAUAUUUGAUCCUUUUUGAAUGCACCGUGAGGUAAAAACACACAAAUGGACUCCUGUUUAUCUCUAUAAGUGCUUACAAAAGCCUUAACACUCUUUACCUAAAACACUUUGUAUAUUCUUGUAUCGCUUGGGGCAGAUUUGAAUGGUAGCUACUUAAAAAAAAAAAAAAAAAAAAAAAGUACAAAUAAAUUUGUU